AUGGUGCACCUGUCCCUGACCCCGCCCCCUGAGCCCUGUCACCGCGGCGACGCCCUCCCGGAGCGUCACGUGACCAGCCCGAAGGCGGGGUCACCCGCGGAGGGGGCGGAGCUCGCCGAGACGAACGGCGAGACGUACGAGAAGACGUACGCCGGCUACGAGAACUACAUCGAGAACGGACUCCUCUGCCUCAAGCACAAAGUCCGCAACCUGGAGAAGAAGAAGAUGAAACUGGACGAGUACAGGCUGCGUCUGCGGAGAGGAGAGCUGCUGAACAGAGACCAGAUGGCGUCGGUGGAGAAGUACGAGGAGGUUCUUCAUCAUUUGUCGUUGGCUCAGGAGCUGCACAAAACUCUGGACUCGCUCACACAGAACCUGCAGAAGAUCCUUCAGAGUCUGGACCUGGACCGGGUCCGGACCGACCUGCUCUCCGGACUCAACCGGGCCCCCAAAGUCCAGGUCCAGACCCUGCACCGUCUGGACCAGCUCAGACCUCUGCUGGGACUAACCCGGGACUACACCCUCAGUCUGGAGGAGCAGAUGGAGCAGGCGGCUGGACUCUACCUGGACCUUCUGGACGCUAAAGACGAGUCUGUGGUCGGCUCCACGUUUAAAGAGCUGAAGGAGGAGCUGGACCUUCUGCUGGAGAGUCCGUAUUUCAGAUCUCUGCCUCUGGACCCCGAGACCUCAGACUCCGCAGACUCCACCGACUCCACAGACCCACAGGGCAAAGCUUCAUCCAGCUCCAGCUCAGAUCAGUCGGUCUCGGGUCCGGUCCUGGCUCCGGUCUCGGUCCAGACCUGGGACUCGGACUUCGGGGCCCUGGAAGACCGAGAGCCUCCGGAGCAGUGGGACUCCGCCUCCGGCUCCCCGGCCGUCGACGAGAGGCCGAACCCCGGCAAACCCUGGAGAGGAGGCGCCGCCCUGGUGCCCAAGAACCACCAGAACCACCAGAACCACCAGAACCACCAGAACCCCAGGAGACACGGAGACGGAGACGGCAAACGGAGGAAAGAGAAGAAGAUCCGAAGAGAAGAACUGAACGUGGACCUGCAGAUGGACGUCUUGUCUCUGCCCUCAGACCCGGACCUUCGCAGACAGAGACUGGAGCAGCUCCUGAACCAGACGCACGGAGCCUUCAGCUUCAUGCAGGACUCGGUGUUGGACGGUGACUCCUCCCCCUCCAGACCCCCCCACAGACUGAGGAGACGAGCCUCUGGGUGCCCCUCCCCCCUGGCUCAGUGUGACGUCAGGAGUCCCUGCAGUUCUCUGGCCAAGACUCUACACUCCACUCCGCUCCCCGCUCGUCGCCUGGAGCCUAAACUUCUCUCCGAGUCGAGUCUGGAGCCGAAGGACCUGCAGCUGCCCGCGGAGCCUCAGAGUCCUGCGCUGGUGAAGCCUCCCCCGUCCCCUCCCCCCUUCACCACCCCCCCCUCCAGACGACCGCUCCCCUCUGCCAACUUCAGCGUCCUGCACACGGUGUUUAAGGUGAACCCCACACUGCCCCCUACAGACUUCUCUAAGGCGCCGCAGGAGCUCGGGGCUGGAGUGAGCAGCAUCAGCACACAGACGCCCCCGGAGUUCGCCCCCCCGGAGGACGACAUGGGCUCUGAUGAGGACGUGAGUCUCACAGUCAGUUCGACACAAGAAGUGACCAUGUCCCGCAGACGGGGACUCGCUCCCGUCAGUUUGACUCUGGAUGUCGACUCGACUGUCCCGCACAAUUCUCACACAGACUGUCCCGCAGACCGGGGACUGUCCCGCAGACCGGGACUGUCCCGCGACCUGCAUCGACGUCGUGACCUGUCGCAUCACCUACUGCACGGUGUGCUUGAGUGCAUGGCUGAGGGGACUUUCCGAACUCUAAGCGGCAGACAAUGA